AGGUAUAUCAGAGGCUGAGAGUUGGCAUUCUCACUUUUGCUGCAGAGGGGUGGUAGGACACUGGAUCGAUGAUCGGAUGAGAUAUGAACACGCCGGUGCCUGUGAGCCGCUGCCUGAGAUCCAGGCGUCCAUGGCCCGGUUCUUUUCCUCGCAACAUUGUCACAACUACGUCCAACGUUGAGAAGCCUCAACCGCCAAGCAAGCCGAUACCACGCACAUCACAACGAGGACGGCCCCCAGGGAAGCCAUACCCAAAGCGUACGGUGCCGCGACUAUGUCCGUUCAACGCAUACAAGGCCACACCUUAUAAGCUGGUCACUGCCUACAGCCGCAAACUCCAGCUUGGUCAUCCCAUGUUAAUCAGGAACCUGCCUGGGUUCCUGGAUGGACAGUCGUGGAUUGAUAACGAGGAUGGCCAAGAAGGCUCUUUCAAAGUCCCGAAAGCCUCUCCAAGAAAUGAAUCAGCACUUGGGUUUGAUCUUCUCAAAAACAUCCUUGAGAGUGCUGUUACCGGCCGCAGCCAAAGAGACUCCGACCCGACUAUAGAACCGCCUGAUCCGAUGAGCAUGUUUGACACUCUCGAAGCCGAAUUCAAAAUUGAGCGGGCUUCGUUUGAGGGUAGCAAUCCACCUCUGCUCAACUUCAAUGCUUGGCUGCCCCAAUCUGAUUUUAAAGGCUAUUCACUCGAGACAAUUAUUGUCGAACUACAGGAGAGGUUUCGCACAAAGCCGCAACCAUGGAUACCCUUCAGAGCGCCGCUAGUCUUCAUUCGUGCAGUGCACCAGUACAAUCAGUCUCAGCAACCUGCCUCUGGCACACCUAUCGCUGGUCUGAGUGGGUUAGUGGUCCUCCAGACGGAGAUGACGGAGGAGUUCCCGUUCCCACGCAUUAUCCGAGAUGUUGGGAGGUCUACGUACAGGACUAAAUCAUGUAGCAUUCGUGCUGGAGUACGACCGUUGCGCAACGACAUGCGCCGCUAUAAACACAGUACCGUCGUGAUUGGACAGCUAGCAGGGUACAGCAUCGUGACGCUCAUUCCUCCCAAUAUAAAGUUACUCGACGGGUUACCGUUAGAAUUUCACGAACGGGUGCCCCGGACAUGGGAACGCAGCACGCAGCGUUUUCCGCUUGGAUCACCCAACUUUUCGUUGUCAAGCAAGACGUGGACACGCGAAUUUGAAAGCGAGCUGGCCGCAUCCCGCGAUAUCGUCCUUGCGACACUGAUCCCCGGAGACGGCUUAUUAGUACCGGAGGGAUGGUGGUACGGAGUGCGAAGUAUAAACCACGAACUGCAGCUCCAUGCAACAGUCACAUGGUUUUUGGGUCGUAGCGACCUGGCUUCUGGAGACCUGCAAGAAUACGAUAGAAUGUCGUACCUUAAGCUAUUCCCUCCAUGGGUCCGUUUAUGAUCUCCUUGUAUGAAUAGGUGUACUUAUAGUUGUAUAUAUGAAUGAGCGAUGCACAACCUCAAAUGAUGAAUUAUUCAACAAGCGCGGGCGCCCGGGUGGCUGUCUUGAGUUCCCCCUUCAGAGAUCAAGAGACGGUGCCUUACGUCAAAUUCCCCAACUCAAAUUCGAGCUUACUUCACCCAAAUCAAGAAGGGAUGUUGGCCAUCUCAUCAGAGUAAAUUACAAUGCAGUCUUGGCAUUUUUGCCAUGCCACUUACAAAUUACGCCGCUUACCUGGCCUCAUUUGACCUUAUUAUAACUUAUUACAUUCACACUUUUGUUGAUAUCUUCAAUUCGCAUCGCGGCGCAGUGCGCCCGAUUUGAACCGGCUACCUGAUGAAUACGGGGAACGGAUUGUUAGCGUCCUAGCAAGGUAUAUACCUCGGCAGGUUCCAUCCGAUGGCGGGUGUAUUAGUCACGCCGAACUACCUCUAACAAGAUUAAAUGUACUACUCAUUUGCUAUAUAUGAAUUUCAUAC